GGAGCCUUGGAGGCUUGGAGCUUGUCAGUUCCUAGCUCAACAAACUCAAGCUUCGGGUCAUGUUUUUGUAAUCGAGUUAAGCACUUAAGCUGCCCGAGUUCGAGUUUGGCUUGGCUCCCAUCACUUCCUUCAUUAUUCUUCAAAAAAAUUUAGGGUCCCAAAUUAACCAGAAUUGGAAUUUGGAAGGAUAUAUUUUAUACUUAGUGCCAGACUGCCAGCUACUCACUCAAUCCACAAUCCUACACCACUCUACUGGCUAAGGCUCACAAGCUAAGAAGACACCAUAACAAUCAAUGGAGUAAGCAAAUUUCUAACCCAGAAAAAUUUCAACCCAGAAACAAAAACCAGACCUCAAAACUUCGUCUCCCAUGUCAACUUCAUCCCUACCACUUCCCUUACCACUCCCACCCAAUAAUCUCUCACCUCACAGGCAACUCUCCAAUUCACAAUUCUCUCUCUUAGACCCACUUCUCCCUUCCCUUGAUGAACCCCAAAAAGCCCUUAAAACCCCAACAAUUCGUACCCGUUUAAGCCAACUUUGUAGAGAUGGUCAACCCCAUAUUGCCCGCCAAGUGUUCGACGCAUUGCCUAAACCAACUACUGUUGUUUGGAACACUAUAAUUAUUGGGUUUAUUUGUAACAAUCUUCCCUUUGAUGCUCUUUUGUUUUACUCUCGAAUGCGGUCUAAUUCUUCUACUAAAUGUGAUUCUUAUACAUAUUCUUCUGUUCUGAAGGCUUGUGCUGAUACCCGGAAUUUGAGGGUUGGUAAGGCUGUUCAUUGUCAUGUAAUAAGGUCUCAUAUUCAUGCUAGUAGAAUUGUGUAUAAUUCUUUGUUGAAUAUGUACUCUACUUGUCUUGCUAGUACUGUUGUUUCGCAAUAUAGAGAGGUUGAUCCUGUUCGUAGAGUGUUUAAAACUAUGAAGAAGAAAAAUGUUGUUGCUUGGAAUACAUUGAUUUCUUGGUUUGUGAAAACUGAGAGGUUUGAUGAGGCUGUUAGGUAUUUUAGGUUGAUGCUGAUCAUGGGUAUUAAACCUACCCCUGUUAGCUUUGUUAAUGUGUUCCCGGCUGUUUCGGGUGUUUGUGAUUACAGGCUUGCCAAUGUUUUAUAUGGGAUGCUUGUCAAGUUUGGUGGUGAAUAUGUUGAUGACUUGUAUGCUGUCAGCUCAGCAAUUGUUAUGUUCUCAGAUAUUGGUUGUCUUGAUAUAGCAAGGAAGAUGUUUGAUGGGUGUUUGAACAAGAAUGUUGAGGUUUGGAAUAGCAUGAUUGGUGGGUAUCUGCAGAACAACUGUUACAUUGAGGCACUUGAUCUUUUCGUCGAGGCUCUUAGUUCGGAGCAUGUUUCACUUGAUAAUGUUAGUUAUAUUUCAGCUUUAAACACUGUCUCACAAAUGCAGCAAAUGAAUAUCGGUCAGCAGCUGCAUGCUCUAGUUUUGAAGAAUCCGACAACUUUGUCUGUCACUGUACUAAAUGCGGUUAUUGUUAUGUACUCGAGGUGUAAUUAUAUUCACGAAGCCUUUAAGGUUUUUGAAGGGAUGGUUGAAAGAGAUGCUGUUUCAUGGAAUACUAUGAUUACUGCUCUUGUGCAGAAUGGACUGGAUGAUGAAGGACUGAUGCUUGUUUAUGAGAUGCAGAAUCAGGGGUUUGUCGUUGAUGCAGUAACAGUUAUAGCUAUACUCUCAGCUGCGUCAAAUCUCAGAAGUGAGUUCAUCGGGAAGCAAACUCAUGCUUAUCUAAUAAGGAAAGGGAUAGAGUUUCAGGGCAUGGACAGCUAUCUAAUAGAUAUGUAUGCUAAAUCUGGUUUGAUAGAGAAGGCACAACUGCUAUUCGAAAAAAGUGAUGAGCUAAGUAGAGACCAAGCAACAUGGAAUUCCAUGGUAUCUAGUAACACACAGAAUGGGCUUAUUGAAGAGGCUUUUGCUGUAUUUCGCCAGAUGCUUAAAAGAAAUGUGCUUCCAAAUGCUGUUACCAUGGCAUCAAUUCUUCCAGCUUGCAGUCAAAUUGGGAGUAUUGCAUUGGGUAAGCAGAUCCAUGCCUUUGCUACCCGCCACACCCUAGACCAAAAUGUGUUUGUUGGCACUGCUUUAGUAGACAUGUAUUCGAAGCUUGGGGCAAUUGCUUCUGCUGAAAACAUGUUUGCUUUGAUUCCCACUAAGAGUCCUGUUACGUACACUAACAUGAUAUUGGGCUAUGGACAGCAUGGAAUGGGAGCUAGAGCUCUUGCCUUAUUCGAUGAAAUGCAGAGUUCAGGUGUAAAACCUGAUGCAGUCACUUUCAUUGCAGUAUUAUCUGCAUGCAGCUAUGCUGGGAUGGUGGAUGAAGGUCUUAGUAUUCUGGAGUCAAUGGAGAUAAAAUAUGGACUUGAACCUUCAAUUGAGCACUAUGCUUGUGUGGUGGACAUGUUAGGAAGAGAUGGAAGAUUGAGUGAGGCCUUUGAGUUGGCUGAACAAUUGGGCGAGGUAGGUAGUGCAAUCCAAGCUUGGGGAUCACUUCUUGCAGCUUGCAAAACUCACAGACAAUAUGAUUUGGCAAAGAUUGUUGCCGAUAAAUUACUCAAUUUGGAAUCUAGAAAUAGUAGGAGUGGGUACCAUGUACUGUUAUCAAACUUAUACUCAGAUGAAGGAUAUUGGGACCUUGCUGAUAGAGUCAGAAAAGAGAUGCAAGAGAGAGGUGAGAGGAAGGAAGUUGGCUGCAGCUGGAUAGAGACUUUGGGUCGUGUAAACUAUUUUGUGUCUAAGGAUGUGAAGCACCUAGAAUGUGAGUAUGUGUAUGAGAUGUUGGCAAAGUUAGCUUCUAAUAUGGAGGAUGCAGGAUACACUCCCCUUUGUUAUGGUGAUACACAGAUGGACUAGAUAUCCCAUGGUGAUAAUCGAGGAGAUGGAAUUAAAGGAGUUAUGCAGUUUAAGUAAGUUCAGUUAGUAUCUAAUCAUGAUCCCUUGCUCCAAGACAAGCUUCUGUCCAAGUGCUGGUUUAAAGUAAAAGUCUCAUGCAAGUAAUGAUGUAGUAAGCUGCCCAUCUUUUCCUGUCUUACUGGACUUGAAGCUGAUUUCCUUUGUUGCGUUGAGGGGCGAUCAGUGUUCAUACAGCUUCUGUUACUAAGGAUUUUGGGACAUGGCAAGUCUUUUUCUGGCUCAGAAAAAGGGAAAUUAAAAGGUGGAAGUUUGAAUGCCUUCAAAUGGCUUGAAAGUUGAAGAGCAAUCCAGCAGACUGGAAAUCCAAAAUGGAGCUUCUUGAAGGCUUAAUUAGGGGACUAUUAACAAGCAGACGAAUCGGCAACGUUAUUUGUGGAUGUUCUGUAGACCCAUAUAUGAUUUCUACUGUCAGGACUCAGAAGCUACAUGCCUACAUCUAUUCUGAGGGACUUAAGGCAGGCAUGUGUCAUGGCAGGCUUGUGUACCAGCCACCAGCACUGUGGAUACCUUGCGUCAUUGUAAAAGGAAGUCAACCUCCAAGUUCAGAAUCUAAGUGGGAAAUUGAAGAUAAAAGUUUAGAGAACUGAAUUCAGCUCUUUCUGCCCUUGCAAAAUCUGAAUUGUGAUGUGAUUUGUGCCAUUGGUUUGGCUGGUGCACAGCCAACCUAACACAACUUGGUCAGAUAAAAGCAAACCAAGAAGCAACUCUGAGAAAACAAGUGCUUCAGCAGUGUAUGAUUUUGGCUCAUAUUUUCUCGGUAUCAUUUUGUUCUCUUCUCAUCUUCGUCUUUCCAUGUUUCUUUUUGAAAUGGCUGUUUAGACACGGAAUGAUGAAAGGAGUUCGAAUAACAUAUUUCACAUGUUAAAACACCAGCUAGAAAAUAUCUACUCUUUCAAAAUACAUUGGUUUAGUAUGUAAAGAUCCAGUAAAUUGAAUAAAUUUACAUAGUUAAAACCAAAA